AGGGAGCCAUUAGCCAUUCAGUGUGUGCCAGCUCUCUAUGGUCUUUUCUCCUGGCGUUUACUGGCCUACACAGCCAUUUCCCGCUUUGCUCCGGCGGUGUGUUCCACGGGACGCUCCGGGGAGGAAUUUUUCAUUAAUCUGCAGUUUGUUUUGAGGCUGCGGUCGCACCAUGAGUUUACCACUGAAUCCAAAACCUUUCCUUAAUGGCCUUACCGGUAAGCCAGUUAUGGUAAAGCUGAAAUGGGGGAUGGAGUACAAAGGGUACCUGGUAUCUGUGGAUGGAUACAUGAAUAUGCAGCUUGCAAACACAGAAGAAUACAUUGAUGGUGCGUUGUCUGGACAUCUUGGAGAAGUUUUAAUAAGAUGCAACAAUGUGUUAUAUAUACGUGGUGUAGAAGAAGAGGAGGAAGAUGGAGAGAUGAGAGAGUAAAUUUGAAUUAUUUGG